CUUCGCAGUAGAUCGGUGAGGUAAGCAAGAUUUCGUGCGAGCGACGAUAUGAGGAUCACGUGUCUCAUUACGGUCUGUGCGUACUUAUCAUCAACUGUAUCCAGUGACGAAAUCCAAUAUUUGAAUAGGCUAAGGAAAACAAGAUCGCGAGAAAACUCGAGCCUCGAUAAUGCUACGGCCAGAAAAGAAUUAAAUCUCAAUCCUGGAAUUCGUCCCGAUGUAUUUCCUACGUUGCGAAAUCCUCGACUUCCGGGACAAAUUCAAACUAUUCAGAAGCCCUUUCAGAGUAAAGUCCACGAGUCUCGAUUUAAAAAACAACAACAACAACAACCUCGCGAUCGUGUGAAACGUCUAGCAAAACGUUUAAAAGUCCGUUCGAUUGCCGGAUCAACGUAUAAGGUGGACGACAAUGACAUUCACGAAUCAAUUCCCGAAGCGGACAAAGGACCGAUUUAUAUUAAGCCCAUGUUUCGCGUUACCACAAAGAAGACUAUUUUCGAUUCCAUCGCGGACAUACUGCAUCAAUUACUGGACCCGCCUAAGAAGGAACUGGGUCCGAUCGUCGGACCUAUCAAGAUGCCGGGGUCCAAGCGUAAGAUCUAUCUACGUCUGAUGGAACCGAUCGAUUCGACUCACGUUAAUGUGCGCUUUGUAACAGAAAUACCAGCUCCUGUGAUCGACGAAGAAUUUCGAGAACGCGAAUCUAUUUUACCGUAUUUACCUUUCAUCGAUCCCUCUGUCACGCUUUCGAAGAAACACCCUGUUGGAUCAAGUGACAUAACAUUCAGUUCCUCUAAUCGUCAUUCGAUUCAAUUGCCUCGAAACACUAGCCAUAUUUCUGGUAAAAAUCGAGGGCCGCAACCUAAACCUGCGGUUAAAUCGAAACGUCCUUCGAAGAAUAUCAAGGAAAUCAAUAAGGAAAAACCGCCCGGACCCGUUGAAGUGGAAGCAACGAGCGGAGCGGAAAGCGAUCAGUUGUACUAUCAAUACCAAUCAGGAGAUGACAUCGUAAAACAUGUAACGGAGAUAAUUAAAAAUACAACGGAGAAUGAACAAGAUUCUUUAGAACCUUACCAAUUAAGUACACAUCGUUUGCCCCUUCGGCAGAUUGCCCCGUUAUACCCGCUGUCGGCAAUGGAACACACUGAUUUCAGUUCUUACGAGAAUACGUAUAAAGUACCUAGCGACAGCCUCACCGCCCCUAGUCAUCAUUCGAGCUCGUACGAGCAAUACAGCUAUGUUAACGCACCUACGGAAUUCUACGAUCAAUCUUACACCAUUCCGCAUGCUUACUCGACCACUUAUCAGAAACAAAACGAGUUUAGCAACGCCCCGAACUCUUAUCCGAUCUCUUAUCAGAAUCAAAACGAGUUCAACAACGCCCCGAGCCCCACUUCUUACUUCAAGCAGAACAAUCUUUUCAGUACUCCUACUACCUAUACCUAUACUAGUUCUCAUGAGAAGCCGGCCAACGUUCCAUCACUGCCAAGCUCUUAUGCGACUUCUCACGAGGCGCAAAACGAUGUUCAAACUGGUUCAAGUUCUCAGGAUGCACUUCAUGUCAUAAAUCCUCCAGCUUAUCUCAUUGACUCUCGACAAGUCUCGGAGAAUUAUGCUAAUAAAAUAUUGGAAUACAUUGCGCAGAACGAUGAACAGCUCCCAAUCGAUCAAGUGAAAUGGGGAAAAGUGAAACGAGAGAAGAGCGAAUCGAAUUUCCAGAAGAGCGAGGAGGUCGUCUCCGACAGUAAUCGCGAGAAAUGGCAACCGCUAAUGUUCAUAUCCGAGGACACGGAUUUGCACAAGGCGGUCACUAAUUUGGCGAAGGUCGCGAGCGGUAAUCACUACGAGACCAUCACGAAACAGCAAUUGGUUUAUGCUCCGAGGCAGACUACGCCGAGCAUGAUCGAGACAAAGAGAUUUACUCGACAAAAUAGUAAACGCCACACUUCAGUCCCGACCACUCAAAAUUCAAGAUGUUUAACUUCGGACAAGGGUGAUAGAUGCGAACGAACGGAAUCUACAAGCGUUUCGACGCCACAACUAGAAACUACCACCAAAAUCAUGCAACCACAGUCGACUACUAACAUUGAACCGUUUAUAAUUACUCCAAAACCGGUAGCGAGCAGUACGGUUGAAACUUUGAGAUCGAACGUCAUCACGAAGAGCAGCUGGAUAGAGGAACCGCAGAAAUUGGUGAUGACGAUCAAGAGUUUUACGACGAACAGCACGACAGAAAGACAUCCGACAUUAAUUAAAGUGAUUAAGGGUACGACAGAAUCCAUCAAAAGUGAAACAACAUUGAGUGGCUCAAUGAUAAGUAAUUUAUCAAAGAAAUCGCGAGCGAGCAGUACGACGGAAAGAUUGCCGAUAAACGGAACGUCGGAGGCGUCCAUAUCAAAAAGUACCACAAGAAGGCAACAAUUGCCGAAGCGGCCUACAGUAAUGAAAAAAUCUAGUUUUGUAUUCAAGGGAACGGAAGCGAAUAGCACGAUACGAAAAUCGACGAUGAGUGAUACAAUGGAGAAAACAAAGACAUCGAGGCGAUCAAAACGAGGUGCGAUUUCGAAAACAAAAUCAAGUACUACUUGAUAAUUUGUUCGUAAUAGCGCAUUUUUUUCUUAGGUACAAUCGAAUAUAGACAGUAAUGCGCGUUUUUAGGCAUUUAAAUGCUUAUACAUUUACGCGUUAGUCAUGGCGACAUGUAUAAUGUGCGAUGAUAUCCAAAAUAGCUUGUGAUUCUUUACGUUUUAGGCAAAAAUCGAAAAAAGUAUAUAUUUACGUGUAUUAACAAAUGUAUGUUUAUAUCCUGCAUAAUCGAUUUAGAUAAGCUAUGCUUCAAAGAUUAAGUAUUAUAGCUACGUACUUGUUGCCUUAUUUCUGUUUCAAAAUUAGUUGAAAUGGUUGUUGUAAUUUUAAUUCGGGAUAUUUGUGGAAUAUCUCUAAGGAGAAUAUUUUAUAAAGUGUAUGUAAUUAAGGAUAAUUAUUUUUGAGGAAUUGGAACGGGUUUGGGGACUGAUCGUUUGCAAAUUAAAAAUGACUACACGUUUGUUUUAUAUUGAACAACAUGAAACAAUGAGAGAUACAUUAACAUUUGUAUCUCAUAGUAAAACCAUUAUUGUAUUAUUGUUUAAAAGCUAUAUACAUUAUUCAUCUUAUCAUGUUUUUACAUACAUGGC